AUCUAAAGCAAAACCAAAAAAAAAAUAAUAGAAUUAAAACACACAAAAUAAUAAGUUAUAAUAGAUAUAUGAAUGUGUGUAUACAUAUAUAUUGCACCUAAUAUAUUGUGUCAUAUACGAGAAAAGUAGCUAUGUUGUGUAAAUUUUUUUCAUGUUUUCCUCUUCAACUACACAAUGCCCGAACAUUAUUAGAAUGCAAAAUGUAUUAAAAAUUGUCAACACGCAAGGAGCACGCAACUAAAUUAAAAGAAAACAGCAAGAAGGCAACAGUAACUUAAGCAAAGUAAAAGAGAGCAGAGAGAGUGCGCAAGUCGACGAGUAAAAGAGCGAGAGAGAGAGCAGUCGCCAUGUCGAGCAGCGACGACGUGCAGAUCACCAGCGUCGUUGACGCCAACGGACAGUCGCUGCCACUGCAUGGCAACAGUUUGGGCGGCGCAUUGGGACCGCCCGUCAAACAGGAGCGACCCGACGAUGCCGAGAUCCGCGAGCUAGCCGCCAAAAUGAAGGAACAACAGAAGCAACAGGCCGCCCAACAAGCGAGUCGGCAAGCGGCCAUGCAGCAUGCCAACGGCGGUGGCGGUGGCAAUGCAGCCAAUGCCGGUGGAACGAUGCAACCGCCGCUGACCAAUGGCAAUGGACAAACGAAUAUCAUGAGCUAUUUGUCGCGGCAUCAGAAACUACCCAACGGUACAAUGCAAGUGGUGCCAGCGCUGGCAGCCAAUGGUCGUGCCAAUGGCGCUGUUAUCGAUAACAACGGGAGCGAUAACAAUGGCAAAGCGCAAAAAGGGAGUGGAGGGCCAUGUGAUGAAGAAUCGAUAAAGGGCCACUUUGGUUGGGCGCAAUUUGGCAAAGUAUCUAUACCCUACAUUUAUCGGCAAUCGGAGAAAUAUUGCUCGGUGCGCAUGAUCGAAUUGAAAUUGCUGGGCAAGUAUCUGAAUUGCCUGCAUCCGGAUAUUUACUCGAGCUGCACAUGCGUGCGGAGCUAUUACAUAACGGAUGCCGAGGCACGCCUCUUUAUCGAGAUCAAUCACAAGCAUUGCGACGGCGAAUUUGGUCGCGACAUUUUCACCCAAAAGGAUUUGGUGGUGCGACUCAGCGAUGCUUCCAAGUUCUAUCAAUUCCUGGACAUUUGCUAUCGCAAGUUGGUUUCAGGCAGCAAGACACCCUCGGAGAAAUGCGGCUUUAUACGCAUCAACAAGGAGUCCGUUGUCCCCUAUACAGUGCGCAACAAUCAGCAGGUUGUGCCGCUGUUUUACUUCGAGGGCGAAACGGAGAACUUGAAGACCAAGGCGGAGCUGCUCAAUGGCUGGGAUUUGGCCUAUUUAAAGUUCUGCUGCAAGGUGCAAGGCAUACGCAACGAGCUUUUCUCCAGCGAAAAUGUUGCUGUCAUCUCUCUGACAGACAUCAAAAGCUAUUUUCCCAAUGGCACCGAAUUCGAGGAUUAUUGGCCCAGUAAAGUGGUCGAUUCCAAUCUGCUGAUUGGCAAUCGAGCCAAUGUCAACAACUCCGUCAACUGGACACGUCAACCAUCGGCGCCGCCGCCAAAGGUGACAAACAGCGUUAAUAGCAAUAGUGGCAGCACCAGUGGCGGCGGUGGCAGCGCCGUUAAUUCAAAUUCCCAAAAGUCGCAGCAGCAACAACAACAGCAUUCCACUGCCAUCAGCGCUGCUACACAACAGCAUUUGAUGAAGCAACGUGCUGUGGCCGCUGCCGCUGCCGCUGCGGCAGCCAGUGCCAACGGUGUGACCAACUCGGGCAAUUUUCCAUCACCCGCUGCAGCAGCGGCCGCCGCAGCGGCGUUCAAUUCGCAGGCAGCAGCCGCAGCGGCGGCGGCAAUGCUGCAACAGUCGCAGGGCAACACACGCAUGCUGACCACGGUGCAGGCUUUAGCCAGCGGAGGCUGGAUGAAUUCAACGAAUAAUGUCUCACAGAUUCAUGCUCAAAUGUUGCAACAAACGCAUGCGAAUGCAAACCGCGUCGGUCCCUAUCGUGAACACCUGAACAACAUGAUGCUAAGUGGCAACAGUCGGCAAGCGUAUACGUACAACAAUCCUGCGAUUUCCAUGUCCUCCGUGAACAGUCACAGUGGGGGCGGCAAUGCGCCGCCGCCGUUGGUUCGUUCAGCGGCCGGGCAGAAUGCCAAUCACAUGUCAAAUGUCGAGCAAUCACUGAUGCAACAACAACAACAGACACAACAGCAACAGCAACAACAACGACAACAACACCAAAAUAACACAUUUAACCAUGCACAACACUCCCCAAACACGCACAGUCCACGUAGCCAUCACGGCCAUGUUCUUGCCAACAAUAACAGCAACAAUAAUAAUUCGCAUUCGCGCAACUCUUCGUCCUCCUCCUCCACGUCCUCUGCCAAUCAAAGUGCCUCAGCAGCUGCUGCUGCUGCGGCUGCCGCAGUUGCUGCCAAUAUUGGCAGUCUAUUUAACAGUCCCUUCAACUACAAUUUGCCAUCCACACGUGCCGAUUACACAAAUUUGGCGCUGUGGAAUCAGCUGACGCCCGCCGAACGUUUGCUGUUCACACAACAAAUGAAGGGCGCCGGCAUUGGCAUUGGCAGCUUGGGUGGCAACGCUGGCGGCGGCAGCGAUGGCAUCGGCGGUGCUGCCAACUGUUUGACAGCUGGCGGCAGUAUUGCCAGUGCGUCACAAAAAUCGCACAGCAACUUCCCGCCGUUGCCAUCACUGCCCUUGGACACGGAUCUGAUCACCAUGUUGGACUACAACAAUCCCAACAAGCAGCAGCAGCAGGCGAGCAAUAAAAGCCAGAAGGCAUCUAGCAGUGGCACCUUCACAAAACCAACUGUGCCGCCCUUGAUACCAGAUGAGCAUCAACAGCAGCAGCAGCAGCAACAACAACAACAACAACAACAACAACAGCAGCAGCAGCAGCAUCAUCAUCAGUCAAGUGGGAAGCGCCUGCGUGGUGGUGGCGGUGGUGGUGGAAAUGGUGGUGGUGGUGGUGGUGUCACCACCAUACCAUUGAACUCAACACAAGCAUUAGAGGAUUUCGAAAAGAAAUUUAAUAUGACAGACGAGAUGCGUGCCGUCAUACACAAAGUUCUGGCGAAUCCAGAUCUUUCUACGUCAAUACAAACGAAUGCAAAUGCCAACAACAACAGUAGCAAUAAUAGUAGUAGUAAUCAUGCCUCCCAUCAUCCUCCCGUGCCCUCAUACAUCUCGCCGCCCAUGUCGCCGGCAAUUGGUGGCACAAAUGUAGUGACCACAUUGUCGUUGGCAUCCAAUCCCAAUGUGACCAUCACACCUCAAUUGCCAGGCCACUUUCUGCAUUCGCCCUCGAGCUCAUGCUCGAGUUCAAGUGCAUCCACGACGGCUGCAUCGCCGCUGGGCAGCAGCAGUGGCAAUAAUGCUGCUGCUGCUGCUCCAGCUGCGGGCUCACGUCAAAAGAGCGUCAUCUGCUCGACCAAAUCCAAUUCACUGCCAUUGGCGAUACUCUCGCUCUCUAGUGGAGGUGGUGGAAGUGGAGGAGGGGGAGGAGGUGCCACUGGUGGUGGUGGUGGCUCCUCUCCGUCUUCAGGGUCAAGGCAUAAGCAAGUUGCAACAACAAUUAGUGGUGGUUACGGACGUCAGUCACAACACAGCCAUCAGCAGCAGUUUAUUGGUAGCCACUUGGUGGACACCAGCAUAGGCAGUACAACAAUUACACCCAGCACCACGCCCACUGACGUUAUCGAUUUGUCUUCAUCCCGAAGGUCGUUAGCGGCCUCCGCUUUUCAUCAGCAGCAGCAACAGCAGCACCAUCAGCAGCAGCAGCAACAGGCUGCUGCGGCCGUGCAACAACAGCAGCAGCAGCAUCAACGCAUGUCCGCCGCCUUGGCGCAUGUGCAGCAUCUACAGAAUGGCGGACGUGGCGGUGGCAGCAGCAGCAGUAACAGCGGCGGCGGCUCCGGUUCCAGUGGUGGCGGCAGCGGCUCCUCAUCCGGUGGCAGCUCUAAUGCCAACAGCGCCUCCAUGCAUCUGCAGCGCCAUGCGGCAUUGGCACAUGCAGCAGCCGCAAGUGCAGCGGGUGGUGGCGAUGGUGGGGCACAGCGAUUGUGCGUCAUACCCGAGAUACCGACGAGCAGCAUGAAUCUGACGCCUUACAAGGUACAAAGGGUAUGUGUGGACAAGCACUUGGUGCCCUGCAUCAAUAUGAAGGCUUUCAAUGACUCCGAGCAGCUGAUGACGCUCACCGAAUUCCAAAAGAACUUCUUUCCCACUGUAGCCCUCGAUCACUGCAAGCGACUAAUCGAGGCGCUGGGCGUGGAGCUCUACAAGGCAAAUCGGCGACAGGUGCAAAUACUCAUGGAGUACGAUCGUUCCUACAAUGAGAAUAUGCCACUAGUCCAGGUGCGCGACAUUAUCAAAUAUAUGACACAGUUGACUUUCAUGACACGCCAGUCGGAGCAGCCGCCCUCGAAGCGUACGCGCACGAGCUAGGAAUUAAGCUGGGGAGCACAACAUUUGCCUAAUACUACAACAGCAUCAACUACAUUAACAGCCACAGAAAUCAGCAACAGCAACAGCAUCACAAAAACAUCAACAGAUACGAAUGCCAACAACAAACAAAAGACGUCUGCAUCUUCUCAUAUGGCACACUUGGCACCGCCACCAGCACCACAGCAACAUCUGCAGCAGCAGCAGCAUCUCCACAGCCAACAUAGUCAUAGUCAGCAGCAGCAGCAGCAACAACAACAACAACAGCAGCAGCAGCAGCAACACUAUCAGUCACAGUCAGACCACAACAAUACAUACGAAAUGUUGUACUCCCACAACCAACACCCGCAACACUCUCACCCGCAAUCGCACCUAUUGCAAGAGCUGCAGCCAGCAAGUGCAACAGCAACGGCAGCAGCAACAACAACAGCUGCACGCCAGCAACAUCAACAACAACAGGAGCAGCAACGCCAGCUAAAGAAGCGUCAGCAUGCGGAACAUAAUACCGUAAGCAGCAGCAGCAGCAGCACCAGCAACAACACCAAGAGGAACAGCAGCAGCAGCGCAUCUGCCGCUGCAAGAACUGCAGCGCAGCAAAUGGCCGAGGCUGAGCACGCCUAUUUGUCAACGCUGUAUGGGAAGGCAGCCGCCAAUAUGCUCAGUCCUCCAUUAACCGCAGGCGUUGCGCUGCAGGAUCAUCGUCAGAGUGGCAAUAGCAGUGCUGCCUUUGACUGGAGCAGCGCAAGUGGUGAGCACCAACAGCGUGCUGCUGCACGUCGCUGUCCACCAUUGCCGUUGCCACAAGAAGCGACAACAACCGCAACGGCAACAGCAGCAGCAACACGCGUGGCAGCCGUAGCAGCAGCAGCUGUGGCAGCUGAGCGGCAGCAACGGCAUGCCAUCAUGCAUCGACGUCACAGCAUUUGCGUUGCAGCUGCAGCUGGCGUCGCCAGCCUUUCGCCGGCAUCCUCAACGAACUCCUCAUCAGCAGCUGCGUCGCCAACGGCAGCAGCGGCGGCGUUGGCGUAUUAUGGCGCCUUCUCAACGCCAUAUCACCAUAUGAACGCUGCGGCGGCCGCAGCAGCCGCACAUCAUCAUGCCCAUGGGCAACCGUCGCCGACGAUUUAUCCGCCGACACCGCCGCCAUCGGCGCCUUGGGUGCAUCCCUGGUAUGCAGGCGAUGCGUUCUGAAUCUGAAACAACCAUUGUCCGUGAUCAUAUAUAUGUAUAUAUACAUAUAUAUGAUAUGCUCCAUUGUACAUUAUAGUAUAUGCCUAAGUUUAUUUAUUAAUUUCGCUUUUUUAUUUUUUUUUUUUAGCGCGUAAGUAGGUUAACUAAUUUCUGAGCAUCAUAUGUCGCAAGAGUAAUCGUGUUAAUCGAUAGCUAGUGAAAAAGUAUCGAUGACAGCGCUCGCAAAACUGCAGUGAAUCACAGCAUAUUUCAACUACCACCAACCGACAACUUUGAAUGAGUAUUCUGUCCAAACAUACAUUUUUGGGCGAGGAUAUCCAUUCUUUUAAACUAUGACGUCAUUUUGCUUCACAAUUGUGGUUCACGGACCCAUUUUGUAAAGUAUGCGUGUCUCUUGAGAUCUAAAGCUUAAAAUAUCCAAAAUCUAUCUUCUAAACAUUGAAAAUACUAUACACAGAGCAAUAGAUCAAUGAAGAACCGUUAUUUUUAUACUUGGGACUUGUUUUUCGAUCAUAGUAAACAAAAAGUUAAAGGAUAAAUGAAAGAAUAUCUUUUAUGUUAAAACAUUAAAUUAAAAUCCUGCGUUUAAAUAAAUUUAAUACCUCUUUUAUUUUGGCCAGUAUACUGAUUCAAAUUUGUCGGCUGAUGAUGGUUGAAAUAAGCUGUGAUACACUGAAUAUAAACAAAGAACUUAAGCCUAAAAAUAUCAAUAAUUUUCGCUUUUCAUAACUUUUUUCCAAAACUUUUACUGAGAAGGAACUCAAAGAACUGAUUACAUUAAAGAAAACCACAGCAACUAAAACAAUAACAAAAUUCAACUUGUUUCAAGGUUAGCACACUUGCACACUUGCACUCUCACACAAACACACUCACACAUAUAAAUUAUUAAAAAUUCGAUUUUGUUUUCAAUGCGCACUGCCCGCUCGAAACAAAUUAAAAACAAAAAGAACAGCAACAAAUAUUGCUCGUUCGCUGUCGUCAAACUCGACUGCAUUAGUUAUAACAAAAUCAAACAAAUCUUUUUUUUUUUUAGUAAUAUACAAACAUAUAUAUAUGUGCAUAUACAUAUACAUAUAAAGUCAUUAAUUUGUAAUUGUAAGCAAGAAAUUAAAUUUCUUGUAUCCUCCUACUCAUUAAAUCAAAUCAAGUGUAUAAACCAAUUCAUUCAGAUUACGAUGGGCAUUUGCCCCAACAACGUUGAACAUGUUCCAUAUAAGAUAGAAAAACAAAAAACAAAACAAUGCAAGGAAAAAAAUAACAAAAAAACUACUUAUGUACUUUGUAAAUGAGAGAAGUUUCCAAAUCUUAGCAUUAUUCUAAAAAAUACACAAAAACCAUACACAACAAAGAAAUGAAAGAUGACUAACAAAAUGCAAAAUAUGUUUAAAACAUAAAAAAACAAAA